GGUAAGAGGAAACCCUAAACUGCUCAGGCUCAACCAGCUUUAGCCUCUCUCUUUCUUUCUUUCUUUCCCUCCCUUUUCACUCACACCCACUGGACGUGUGUGCGCCCAGGAUGAGAAUGGCAGCAUCAUCUGCAAAGAGACCAGAACAGCCCUGCAAAAUGCUGGCUUUUGCUUUGCUACUCAUCGCUUCACUCUUAAAUGAAGGAGUCAUGGCACAGCAAGAGGGAAAUGUCACAGCAGAGGAACAGCUUGCGGAAACAGGAGAAUUGGUACUAGGAAAUAUGAUGCCAAAGACAACUCCUGAAGCUCCUGAGCCACAGGAUACAAAUGGUCAAGACAGGAUAUACCCUACUAUAGAUUUGCCUGUACAGACAACAGCGGUAACAGAAGAAGCAAAAAAGGAAGGAGAUGCAGGACACAAUGAUGAAAGCAGCCCUGCAGCUGACGAGGGAACUCAGAUCACAGUUGAGGCACAUACUGACUUACCCAAAUUCAUGGAACCAGAAACCCAAGCACCUAUGCCUGCCAGAGGCGACGGCCCUGGGAACGUACCAAAGCCAGUGCCACGGGGUGAUGUUGUGGAUGAUGUUGUUUGUGUCAGCAAAGAAGCGGUCCAGGACAAAAACGCUGUCAGUUUGAAACUCAAGACCAUCUCCAGCUGCAAAGACACCAAAGUGAAGAUUGAAAGUGUUCUGCAGGAGUUGUGUGGUGAAGACUGUAAACUAGAUAUCUACCAGGAGGACAACUCGGAUGAAAUCCUUGUGUCUGGAAAGUAUGUAGAAGCUGAUGUCGCAGGCAUGGCUAACAAGUUCAACAAUGACAACAUCAAAGAUAAGACUGAUGUGGAGGAAGCUGUUCCUCGUUGGGGGAAGAACUCUAAGUUGGUUCUGGUUUCCUUGCUGCUGGCCGGCCUGUUGCUGGCUGCACUGCUGGUAGCUGGUUAUUACCUCAAGACCCACCGCAAGAACUCCAAAGGAGUCAGACUGGCUGAGUCUUUCCAGGUGGACGAGGAGAAUCAGGCUAAUACCCUGGUGUCUGUGGCCCCCCUGCCCCAGGAGCCCCUCGACAAGCCCACCGCUAAUGGAGAGUCUCCACCAGAAAACGGGACCAACCCCGCCCCCACCACUAACGGACACUCCCAGACCCCAGUGGCCGACACUGAGAUGUGAAUAAUGACACCCCCUCCCCACCUCCUGUUCUACCCAUCACCCACCGGGACACACAAUCCACAAGCCCCUCUGCUGCCUCAGAGACUGUCCACACACUGAGACAAGUUCAACAUGAAUCCACCAAACAGAAUCACCACCCCCCCCCUCCUCCUCUCCUCAACUUGUACCUCCCUAGACGAUGAUGACAACAAAGAUGAAGCUCAUCACUAUAAAGACGAUGACAAUGACAAUGCCUGUAAUGUGAAAAGUUUGGGAUCACUGGCCUUUGCUGGUGUCAAGAGGAGCUUACAGACGCUGUAUUUGGGACUGAGACUGAUCAGCAUGGCAGUCUAGUAGUAAUCAGUGUAAAAUCACCAGAAUAAUGCCAAAUAUGUGCUGCUGAUCCCUGACGAAGAAGCAGAGAACGCUCUAUCACUUCAAACCACAACUGUGGUGCAAUGAAACAAAUGAAGCCAGGAAGGUGAAAGGAGACCAGUUUCUGUACUGUUGUAAAAUGGACUGAUGCUCUCUGCUUGAUUGUUUUUUUUUUAUCUGUGUGAUUCAGGAAAUGUUUUGUUUUCAUAGCCUCACUAUCUGCCUUAACUUUUUUAGACCUAUGAAGCGUGAGAUUGGCGGAAAAAUAAGACAUCCGAGUUUGAAUUUAUUGAAUGUUGGCUACGUUUUCUUACAGUUUGUCAAACUUUAAUAAAAAACUUAACAUUGUUAACAUUCUUCAUAGAAACCAAAGACCAGCUGACACAGUAUUAGCAGAUACUUAUGUAGCAGCAGCAAGUAUGAUCUUUGGUUUUUCUGAGGAAUUAAAUAAUGCUACCAAGCUAUUCAUAAUGUGGAAAUGUCCGAAAAUGUUUAGUGUUGUCUCAGUGCUUUAUACUGAUUUUGGUGAUAAUUAUGACAUUAGUGUACAGUUUUUCUGUUUUCGUUUUUUAAACAACUUCUUGCCACUGUCUUUGGGAAUAGUGAAGUCCAGCAGCAUUUUUAAAUUCUGUAAGAAGGCAUUAUAAAACACAAACACAAACACACACACACACACACCAGGCUGGUAAACAAAAUUACUGCCAUGAAAUUCCCACACAACAUGCAGCAGGUUCACCAUUCCAAAGACUGCCUUUAUCUCCUUGUUGAUAUAUAUAUUAAAAAAAAAAAAAAAACAGUUACAUCAGUGGUACACUUUUUUUAGCUUGUC